AUGCCUGAUUCUUCGAGAGAGAGCUUCCAGUCGAUAGCGGAGCUGCGCGGUCUUUCUUCUAUCGAACAGCCCAUCCCAGAUAAGACUACUGCUGCUGCUACUAUAGCCAGCUUUCUUCCUGGUCAGAAGACUCUAACUCCUACAAGCGGCCCCGGAGCAACAGAAGUCUCUGGUGGUGCCGGGGAGAAAGUAUGGAUUCCUCGAGUGUCUCAUAGGCCUGGUCUCUUGUUGCGCGCCAGAACAAAGCAUGCUUGUGAGGCAUGCCGCAGAAGGCGCAUCAAAUGCGACGGAGCUCGACCCGUGUGUCAAGGAUGUCAUGUCGCGGGCACGCAGUGUGUAUACGCAGACCAUAAGCGUGUGCGAGAUAGGCAGGAGAUGAAGUCAUUGAAAACUACAAUUGACCAGUACGAACAUCUCUUGCGUGACCUUCUUCAUGAGGUUCCUGCAAGUGCCGCGAAACGGAUCAAAACAACCUUGACACCCAGUGAUUCCUAUGCUUUGAAACACAACCCAUCCAUGUCUAGCUCAUCCUCUUCCUCCGCUGGCUCUGUCGAGGGGAUAGACACGAUUAGCGAGGACCUCAACCGAAAUGAAGAGUCCAGAGCCACUGGCUUCAUGGGCAAGAACUCUGUUCAUGCAUGGUUACGCAACCUAGAACCAGACAGCGGACACCGAGUCUCGCCUGAUCGCAAUAUGGAGACGGCAGGGAGAACGCAAUUCGGACAGCCUAUUUCUCCUCAGGGCCUGGACAACAACAUGGCCGUUAGUUAUUUUCUCGAUGAUCAAAAACUACCCCCUUCGAAUUCCGUCGAUGCAUACAAAUUGCCUCCGAAAAACCUGGCAGACUGGAUUUUGCACUCAUACUUCAAAUCCGUGCAUUCCUUGUUUCCAAUUGUCCGUACCGAUCUAUUUCUAGAACAAUACAAGAGUAUUUGGGGAGUUAGUGGAAGCCCGCGACCCGGUCAGAAAUGGCUGGCAAUCUUCAACAUGAUUCUUGCCAUUGGGUGCAGGCGACUGCAGUUUCUUCAGGAGAGGUUACCAACUGGUGUUAGCCACGACCUUUUCUUCUCUCGCGCCCGAUGUCUUUGUGUGAAUGAAAACAUGAUCUUCGAACACGCGGAUCUACAACAAGUGCAAGUUGAAGCUCUCGUGACGUUAUACUUUAUGGUAUCUAUGCAGAUCAAUCGGGCCUGGAAAGUUUCUGGCAUUGCAGUACGAUCAGCCAUGGCCUUGGCGAUCAAUCUGCGUAUUACAGAUACAGACCUACAACCCGGCUCCAAAGAAGCCCGGUCUCGGCUUUGGUGGUCCAUCUAUAUGCUGGAAAAUGUCCUGUCGCAUAUGACCGGAAGACCCACCUGCAUUGGAAGCUUGUCCUUCUCCGUCGAUCAGCCUAUUCCUUACUCGGAGGACAUGUUUGCUCAGCCUCAGGUGAUGGAUCUGUUGACUAACGAGACACUUCGCAAAGAACGUUUGAAGUGGUCGUUGGAUGAACAGGAGAAUGACAAGGACGACUACGACCCAUUUUGGCUCAAGGAUAUUGAAACUAACCAGGGCCUCCAGUUUUAUCAUCUUGUUGAUUUAAUGCAUAUAGUACACAUUACCAUUGGCGAACUCUUCUCCCCCAAGGGAUUCCAAGCUAGCAGAUCGUAUAUCAAACGACGCAUUCGUUUCUACGACGAGAGGCUAGACCAUUGGUUAUCUCGCCUGCAUCCCGCAUUACGCUUCGUUGAUCAGAAUUGUAACUUGAACAUGGAUAGCUCGUCACAAGAAAAGACUGUUUUAGCGAUGCAUUAUUAUGGAGCAAGGAUUACUUUGUACCGGCCAUGCUCACCAUUUAGGCGAUACGUCGGUUUGAAAGAGAAGGAGUACGCGUACAUUAGUCAACGGUGUCUUCAAGCGGCGCUAUCACUGAUUGCCGUCUUUCCGGAAGUCACUGAUCUUGAUUGGGUCUAUAAUAUAGCUCCCUGGUGGUGCAUGCUUCACUUUUUGAUGCAGGCAAGCACUAUACUAGUUAUAUUCAUCCAGAGCAGUGAACCCACCGGCUCAGCUCAUAUGAAAGACGUUGAAUACAGCUUUGCGGCCCCUGGAGUGGCUACUCAGGUGCAAGCUGCGUGUCAAAAAGCUCACAGGUGGUUGCACGGCUUCUCUCGAGUCGACGAAUCGUGUCGCCGGGCAUUCUUGCUCUACGAUGAUCUCCUCCGGCGCCUUGGUUUUGCCAUGAGCUCUUCCGUCACAUCCUUGUCCGAAUCAGCACAGAGCAACCCUUUAUCUCGGAAUCAGAGUGAGGGGGCAAAUGCUCAGCACGUGCCUGAUCAACCUGCGUACAAUGUGCAGAGCCACGAUGAGUAUCCUAGCCAAAUGGCACUUGAUCCCUCCAUGGAACGAUACAAUCAUCCGAUGCAUGACGCCGGCGAUGCACUCUCGUCUCUUGACUGGAGGAAUAUCGACCCAUCAGUUGACGCGCUGUUUGCCGAACUUGUAUAUAUGGAAGAUGUCUUUGGAGGGUCAGAGUGGAUAGGUUCAGCCUUCAAUGACAAGAAUUUUUAG